AUGCCGCGACGUCGUUCGCCAGGGAUUCUCUCCAACUUUUAACGACCGUGUCGUUAUCGUCACUCAGCUUUUUCCUUGCCGUAUAUCACACCUGCGCGACUUCUUACGUUAACGACGCUUGUCGUUAAUAAGCCAACAGCGUUGGUAAGUAAUUCUCUUUCAUUUAAAUACACGCUCGCCUUGAAAAAACACCCUCGCCGCGGGCGCUACCAUUGCGUACGUGAGAUCCGCCAAUCGGAAUACGCUACGCCGUGCGCUCGAGAAAUUACCCCAUAGAAAUUCCCAUGGAGGCUUCCCCUCUAUCCGUAGUUCCGGGUACGCGGCCGGAAAAAUUGACAGAGAGAGAGAAAACGGUUAUCGACAUACAUAACGGCCGUGGACGCGUCGUACCGUUCGUUCGAUCGGCGCGACCGACUACUCGCGGGAGGCUUCAGGAUCGCGCGAUUAGCACGUUGGCCCAAGAACGGAGACAUGCGACCGGACUCGCGUAGCGUGUCGUUUACGUUCCACCGGGAAGUGUUGGCCGCGCAACACUCGCCGAUAGUGGCACGGGCGAUAGUGCGGCCGUUGGUGGCACGGAAUUCGCGUAACCUGCGCCAGCGUCUGCAGGAUCAGUUCGACCAAGCGGGCGAGAAGAAGAAGUCCAAGGAGAAGCCGGUGAAGAAGGACGCUUCGACCAACACCGACCGUGGCUGGAACAACCUCAGUCUGAGCAACGUGUCCGCGGACUCGCGCAAGGCUUUCCGGAGCGGUGCCGAGAAACUGUCCAGGACGAUAUCCUCGAUGCGCACCACCUUCGGCACGAUAUCUCAGAGAUUCAAGUGCUCCACACGUAGACGUCACAGACUGGAGGAGCAGCACUCGCCGGGCUCGAAAAUGCAGACACCCCAGACACGCUCCCGUCAGUUACUAGGCCGUACGCCGACCAAGCUCUACAGCCCCUUUGGCAUCGAGUCGCCCAGACACGGAUCGGACAAAGAGAACGAUGCCACGCCGGUGCACGCCUCGUCGGAGUGCAACGCGCGUUACCUGCAGUGCAGGCCGUUUCGUUUCGCUAAGGGGAAAGGGUUCUCCGUGUUGAGAUAAGAAGGCGGCCAGCUCUCGAAAGAUAUCACCGUCUCGAUCUCUCUUCACUUCCUAACGAACGGGAUUGCGUCGUACCUCGUGCGCGCUACACGUCGGAUAUAAUUUAUUUGUGUUCAAUCUCAGAGGGAAUUCCGCGCUGCGAGGAUGUCGUCACAGGGCCGGCGAUGAUUUUAUACAAGUAGCACGGGCGUCCCCGACUUUGUAUACCUUCCACAAUAUUCAUUCCAUCGCUUUCUCCACGUAUACACAUAUAUCGUACACUAUAAUUCUCUAUUUCCACUUUCUUAUAUAUAUAUAUUUAUACCCGCAAUAUAUAUACAAUACAAUGCGUAACGUGCAGGGUCAACGAUUUUAUCCGAAUGUGUGUGCGUGAAAUGUUGGUGAUUGAAAUGAUGUCCAAAAGUAUCGAGAGAGAUCGUAACAGAAAUACAUCGAUACGACGACGAUUUUUUUUCUUUCGUUCAAUGCGCAGCUCCCAUGAGGGAAAAGUCUUUUUGAGCUUGAAAAAACGCUCUAAAUUCUUCACAUCGUGAAUCAAGCAGUCGUAUUAUUAUAAUACAUUGUGAUAAUUGCUCGUUUCAAAAGGAUAGAUGCGAAUAUAAAUCAUUCGGCACUAAACAAACACGCACACUUGAAUUAAUAGAUUAGAUCUCGGCUGGGUACAUUUUAGCUCUAUCCUUUCCGAUGAUCAUACGAGACAUCUUCCUUUUAUGAUAUAUUGAUAUACACUUAGAUAUUCUCCGCAUAUAAAAAGCGGCACUUGGGCCGAAAAAGCCCAGUGAAGACUUCAACUGCUUUGAAGAUCAAAGAAAGGCAGCUCUGAUACGGCCUCGAUGUAGCCCUACUCUCAAGUUAUCACACAUAUCUAAACCUAAUUUAUUUAUUGGCACGUAAUAAUAAAAUUUUUUUAUU